AUGGAAUCCGAAUUGCAACCCGUGGCUAGGCACGACUCCACAUUCCCGGACAGGAUCGAAGUCAAGCUCGAGGACGUGUGGAUCGGCGUCACCGACCCGAAAGAGAGACGGAAACUGCAGAACCGGCUCAAUCAGAGGGCCCGACGACGCCGUCAGCAUUUAGCCAAAGCACUGCCGAAUGCCUCGCAGCCAGCCGAUCACCAGUCGCGAUCCACCACGGCACUGGUUCCCCCGUCCGUCGAUUUCAAGAGUUUAGAUGAAUUUCCUAUCUUGGGGCCUCUGGCCCCGAAAGCUCGAAGCAUCAUGCGACAGCUGGAAGCAAUGAUUCAUCUCGAAUUCGCAACCGGCUCACCACGGGCAGACUUACUUCUGCGAGUCACUCGCUUCAACAUUUUACGAGCCUUGAACACCAACAUGGAUGUUCUGGGCUACCAGGCCGACAAGAUGCUCGAUGACGAUGCCCUGUCCAUGUUCAGCACGAAUGGACCACGGUGUCCGGUCACACAAGACCGUGAAGAUGUCCUGCCCCUGGCCUUACAGCCCACGGUGAUCCAACGCACGGUUCCGCAUCAUCCGUGGUUAGACCUGAUUCCUAUUGCCAAGAUGCGGGAUAACCUUAUUCUCGCGGAGAGCGUGAUGGAUGAUAUUCAACUGUGUCACGACAUGUGCGGUCAUCAAAGAUCUCUGGCGGAGCAGGGCCGUAAUGGCGGGAUGGGGGAAACGGGGGUGAUUGUGUGGAAAGACCCUUGGGAUCCUGAGGGGUGGGAGGUGACGGAGACCUUUGUGCGGUUGUGGGGCUGGGCCGUCCAGGACUGUUGGGAGUUGUUUCAGUCGACCAAUGCAUGGCGGAAGCGACGGGGCGAGAGGCCAUUAUUUCGAUAUCCGGUAGCGGGAGGUAACCAAAUGGCUCAACCUGCCUCUGAUGCAGAUGGAACAAUUCCAUGA